GGGCCACAAAAGCGUCGUGCGGCGGCGGCGGCGGCAGCGGGCGGUGUCGGCGGGCGGCGGAGCGGCGGCGAUGCGCCUGCGGCAGCCCAGCAUGUGCACCAUCGCCGAGGCCGCGCCCGGCGGGGAGGGCGGCCCUGCCGCCCCCCUCCGCGCCCGCCUCGUCAAGAUCGCCGUGGUGGGGGGCAGCGGCGUGGGCAAGACCGCGCUGGUGGUGCGGUUCCUCACCCGGCGGUUCAUCGGCGACUACGAGAGGAACGCAGGUAAUCUCUACAGCAGGCACAUCCAGAUAGAUGGGGAGAUGCUGGCUAUUCAAGUGCAAGACACUCCAGGCGUUCAGAUCCAUGAACACAGCCUGGACUGUAAUGAGCAGCUGAACAGAUGCAUUCGCUGGGCAGACGCCCUGGUGAUUGUCUUCUCCAUCACAGACUAUAAGAGCUAUGAACUACUCAGUCACCUUUACCAUCACGUUCGACAGCUGCAUCCAGGAAAUGCGGUCCCCGUCGUCAUCAUAGCAAACAAAGCUGAUCUCUUGCACAUCAAAGAGGUGGAGCCUCAGCACGGACUUCAGCUGGCCAACAUGCUGGGCUGUACGUUCUACGAAGUAUCUGUCAGUGAAAACUACAAUGAUGUCUUCAAUGCCUUCCAUCUCCUCUGUAAAGAAGUCAGUAAACAGCAAGCGACCAGCACCCCCGAGAGGAGGAGAACCUCCCUCAUUCCACGGCCAAAGUCGCCCAACAUGCAGGACCUGAAGAGGAGGUUUAAGCAAGCUUUGUCUGCCAAAGUGAGGACCGUCACUUCUGUUUGACAGCAGAGCUGUUCGGUUUUCCCAAUGUUUAGCCUGAGAUUGAACCCUGGGUCGUUUAGCUCUGGCACGUGUAGAGUCGGAGGCAUUGUGGAAAGGAGGAUGUUUCAGGUAGCCUUUGCGUGGCUGUGGGAACAAGCAGUUGCUUAAAAAAGGAACAGUGGCAGAUUGGAAAAGGGUGGGGGGAACCCCCAAACUCUUGAAAUGGUUCUAGGAUGUGACUUGUAGAACUAGUAUUUUCGUUUGGAAAAGGAACUUUCUGGUAAAUGAAACCAAGCCUUCAGUUUGCCUUUUCUCCAAUGGGACAAAUUUGACUUUAUGUUUGUGCAGAAGCAACUUUUUAGCUGUAACUCUCAACUCGUACUUGAGCAGGGAAGCACCCUGACCUGCAGUUCACUGUUCAGAAGUAACCACUUGAGUCUUGUUUUCACUUGGAUGAAGGACAGCGUGAUGUUAUCCGUUUAAUUUUAUUGCACAGUAGAACUGUUCACUUCCCCAUGUAUUUCAAAACAAAUAAGCAAACACGAAAUCAUUCUGUAAAAAUAAGUGUAAAAUAAGUGGACACGAUUGGGUAUCAAGACUGUAACCAAUGAUCUUUUUUUUUUUUUUUUUUUUUAACUAGCCAUGUUCUUUCUGACAACUUGACCAGACUCCUUGUAUGCAAAACUAUUGUCCACAGGGUGUAAAUGUAUCUAAUUACAAAUAACUUGUGGGGGUUUUUUUACUGUCUGAAAAAAAAAAGUACUGUCCAGACUAAAUGAUCCAACAUGGAGCUUCUGAGGAACGAGCGUGGAGUUGGAGCGAUAGUCCGCGAUAGCUGCUGGUGUAAGACGCUUCUCUGUGCGAUGGGCACAGGAGGAACGUGGCUGUCAUUCAGACGGGUGUGAAACACAGCUGGCUCCAGGCAAUGGAGCUGGUGGCUUGUUCUGAGCUGAGCCAGUCCCUGGUCAUCCUCAAACAUGUGUGGCAGACUUCUAUAAAACUCUUUUUUUUUAUUACAUUGAGCCAAUGGAGUUCACAGGCUAAAGGCCUUAUACACAUGCACUUUAAAAAGCCAGUUGUGCUUUUGUUUAAACUGUAACUUAUUUAUUUUGUGUACAGUUACUCCUCGUGGGGAGUGGACUUUUCAUUCUUACUGCCUGGUUGGACAUUAAAUUUUUAAAUUGCA